UUCCCAGAAAAUAGAAACGUGAGGAACAUGAUUAGCUUAAUUUAACAGGAAAAGCUACAACAUACUAUCAUCUUAUCCGUAAUCUUAUUUUCCUUGUAGAAAUUUCCACUACUUUACACUUGUCCAUGAUUAACGAUUCAUAAAGGGGCAAAAUUACAGAUUUUCGCCGGAAAAUUAUCGAGAAGCAGAGCACCCCAGCAAGGAACUGACCCAAUUUUUAAUUUAAUCAAAGGGAUAAAGUCGAUAGAUCGAUGAUAAUAUUCCUCGCCCUUUAAAGUCUCUCUCAGUUCCCCUUUGAAGGAGAUCGGAUUAUCCAGUAAUGGCAAAGCGGAUAAGCUCUGGAUCAGUGUUUUUACUGAUUUUGUCACUCACGGCGGCGUCUGCGGCGGUUGCGGAGAGAGGAGUGUCACUGUUGAAUGGCUAUGAUAAAUCGAUUUUCAAGUCUUCAUUUCAUCGGAUUUUUGAUACCUCCAAGUACGGCAUAUUGCAGCUUCAAAAUGGCUUGGCUCGAACGCCUCAGAUGGGAUGGAAUAGCUGGAACUUUUUUGCCUGUGAUAUUGAUGAAAGUCUUAUCAAGGAAACUGCGGAUGCACUCGUUUCGUCGGGUCUGGCUGAUUUAGGUUACGUGUACGUCAAUAUAGAUGAUUGCUGGUCUGCUCUAAAGAGAGAUUCAAAGAAUCAAUUGGUUCCUGAUCCCAAGGCUUUCCCAUCAGGAAUUAAAGCUGUUGCUGAUUAUGUACAUAGUAAAGGCUUGAAGCUUGGAAUCUAUUCUGAUGCUGGUAUUUUUACCUGCCAAGUUCGACCAGGGUCGCUUUACCAUGAAAAUGACGAUGCCGAGUUGUUUGCUUCUUGGGGGGUUGAUUAUUUGAAGUAUGAUAACUGCUACAAUCUGGGAAUUAAACCGAUAGAGCGAUACCCACCUAUGCGUGAUGCAUUAAACGCAACUGGGCGUAGUAUUUUCUAUUCACUUUGUGAAUGGGGUGUCGAUGAUCCAGCAUUGUGGGCUGGCAAGGUUGGAAACAGUUGGCGUACAACCGAUGACAUUAAUGAUACAUGGGCAAGCAUGACGACUCUUGCAGAUAUCAACAAUAAGUGGGCGGCGUAUGCAGGGCCUGGUGGUUGGAAUGAUCCAGACAUGUUGGAAGUUGGUAAUGGAGGCAUGACUUAUCAGGAAUAUCGCGCUCAUUUUAGCAUAUGGGCUCUGAUGAAGUCCCCUCUUUUGAUUGGUUGCGACGUUCGAAGCAUGACUAAAGAAACUUUCGAAAUUCUUAGCAAUGAGGAGGUCAUUGCAGUAAACCAAGAUCCUCUUGGGGUACAGGGAAGAAAGGUUAAAGUUUUUGGAAAGGAUGGAUGCCUUCAGGUUUGGGCAGGUCCUCUAUCGGGAAGUCGCUUGACAGUCGUUCUUUGGAAUCGAUGUUCGGUUGCAUCAACGAUCACCACGGAUUGGAACACACUUGGGCUUAAACCUGGCACUAGAGUCUCCGUAAGAGACUUGUGGCUGCACAAAGAUGUUGCAGGAGAUGCAGUGGCAUCGUUUGGAGCAGAAGUCGACCCUCACGACUGCAAAAUGUUCAUCUUCACGCCUGCAGCCACGUCCCGUGCUGAAAUGUAGAUUAUCGUAUCCAUCAUCAACUGCCUCAAAUAUAGGAAGGAUAGCAAACUCAUAAGUUAUCCUUCUCCCACGAUUCAGGUAUAAUAAUUGGGUUAGCCUCAUUCUGAUGCAUUGCAGCUAUUCUGUGCAAGUUGUAUGGUUUCUGAUGGUUCAGCUUUGUAAAAAUACUAAACUAUGUCAAAUUGGGUACUGAGAUGAAAUGCAAGGGAAAGGGAUUCACUUGUUUGUGUGCUCAA